CGCGUUGCCUGCGCGUUGCCUGCGUAGCUCACUUUGUUUGUUCAGCUCAUCCUCGCGGCAUCGUGCGCACACUCGCCAACAACACUCCCACUGUUUACUUGUUCGGCGUGUCUCUGUCAGCCGCGGAAAGGUGAUGCUGUGCUCAGUGGAGGAUUUUAUGUCGAGCCAAAGCCAUCAUGUUUGCAGAACGUUAGUUCAAACUCCCGACAUGAAGCACUAGCUACCAGCUGUCUGAGUGCUUGGACCGCUUCCUCUUUCGGGCACCGAGCAGUUGUCGACGAUUUCAGGUCGUCUGCGGCUCCGUGAUGGCGAUGUUUAGGAGCUUUGUGUCGGCGAGCUCCCAGCUCCGCCAGCAGCAGCAGCCCAACGGCGGCCCGGGCUCGCUGGCAGCCCCGGCGGAGAGCAUCGAGAGCCAGUUCUCCUGCCCCAUCUGCCUGGAGGUCUACCACAAACCCGUCAGCAUCGCCAGCUGUGCUCACACGUUUUGUGGGGAGUGUCUGCAGCCCUGUCUCCAGGUGACCUCACCUCUCUGCCCCCUCUGUCGCGUGCCCUUCGACCCCAAGAAGGUGGAGCGGUCCUCCAGUGUGGAGAAGCAGCUGGCUUCAUAUAAAGCACCCUGCAGGGGUUGUAACAAGAAGGUGGCUCUAGUAAAGAUGAGGUCCCACAUUGCUUCCUGUUCCAAGGUGCAGGAGCAGAUGGCCAACUGUCCCAAGUUUGUUCCUGUGGUGCCCACCUCCCAGCCUAUACCAAGCAAUAUUCCAAACCGGUCAACAUUUGUGUGUCCGUUCUGUGGGGCCAGAAACCUGGACCAGCAGGAACUGGUGAAGCACUGUAUGGAAAACCAUCGUAAUGACCCAAACAAAGUGGUGUGUCCAGUGUGCUCAGCCAUGCCGUGGGGAGACCCCAGCUACAAGAGCUCCAACUUUCUUCAGCAUCUUCUCCACAGACACAAGUUCUCAUAUGACACGUUUGUUGACUACAGCAUCGAUGAAGAGGCAGCGCUGCAAGCAGCUUUGGCACUAUCACUGACUGAAAACUGACCGAGCUCACACCACUGCCCCCUCUGUACUUCUGUUGAUCCUUCUGGGAGGUCGAGGCUAUCAUCCACCCAGCAGACACAGCUGAGCUCGCCUGGUUCAUGGAGUGUGUACAGGAGCUCCACCACAGACCACAGCUCCAUACACAUCCUGAAACAUGUUUGUUUUUUAAAUAAAUUCCAGUCUGCAUCUUUGUGCUCCGCCCAUCGUCAGCUUCACUUCACAGCUGCAAUAAGGAUCACUACCUUCCUGAAGACGACACAUACUGCUGAUGUCAAACCAUCAGAAAGGUCAGGCUUCUGACUGGCUGCUGCUCGAGGUUAGAUCUCAGAGAGCCAGUGAACCCAGCAGAGUUCAGCUAACAAACCUUUGCUUGGACGUAAUUCUGUGGUAAGCUGCUGGGAAGCCACUGAGUGCUGAUCUGCUGGUUAUCUGCUCAGCACAGCCACCCCGUGUCCCUCCUGGCAGAGCAGGUCACCUACUAACUGGAAGGUUGGUGGUUCGAUCCCCGUCUGCUCCAGUCUGCAUGCCAAAUACCCUCGGGCAAGGGCCUGGCCCCCGUUGCUCCCCGAUGCAUCCGUCCGUGUCAGACAGAAAGCACUUACACAGAAGAAAAGUGCUUGAUGGUGUGAACGAGGCGAGUUUAGAAAGGUGCUCUAUAAGGUGCGAGUUUGACGCUCUGUUGAACCUGAUGCAGCCAACGUGUUUCUGCAGCUUUGGACACGUCUGUGUUUCCUCUGCAUGUAACACGGCCGCAGCCCAACCUUCCUGUUGUUUCCUGCACUUUUGUCAGGUUUCGUUUGACAGCUGAUGAAAUCUUUGAGCAGGUCUGACCUGCGAGCAGAGGAGCGUCAGUGAGCAGCCGAUGCUGAGGUUUAAUGAACUGUUUCCAUUGUUUUGAACGUGGCUGCCAUUAGGUCACCAUAGCAACCUGAACACAACAGUCGUCGGCGAGUAAAAUGAACUGUGAUCAGCCCACACGUGAUGUAAUGUCCACAGACUCAGCUGGACGAUGUCAGACAUGAAUGUCGAGAUUUUAAGAUGUAUCUGCGUUUGAACGUGGUGGAGUGUCUCCAGAAUAAACAUGUUCCUGCUGGGAGCACGAAAUAAAAGUAAUGAUUCAC